UUGGGCGAUGACGACCGACCCCACCGACAGUUGGGCGACGACGACCGAUCCCACCGACAGUUCGACGACGACGACCGACCCCACCGACAGUUCCAACAUCUUUCCGGUGCGCAUCGUCACCGCAAGCGUCGAACAUUUUUCGAUGGUGACUACCGGCUUGUGGUGAGUCGGUCUGGGGGGCUGGUGUCCUCCAAGUAG